AUGAUCACCACAAGUAACAAUAACAAUAAAGCUAAUGCUAAUGAGACUGAGUACACAGGGUUCAGGCUGGUGAACGGCAGCACAGCGUGUGCGGGGAAGGUGGAGGUCCAGGUGCUGGGGACCUGGGGGACCCUCUGUGCCUCUCGCUGGGAUCUCUCGGAUGCCCACGUUCUCUGUCGUCAACUCAACUGUGGGUUUGCUGAGGCCAUUCCUGGAGGAGAGCAUUUUGGGAGAGAGACUGGCCCUGUCUGGAGAGACUCCUUCCACUGUGACGGGACUGAAGCCCACCUGGCACAGUGCCCAGUGAUCACCCUGGGGGCCUCACCAUGCUCCCACGGGAACACUGCUGCUGUCAUUUGCUCAGCCGGCUUUGCAUCCCUGUGGCUGGUGGGCGGAGGGAGCUGGUGCGACGGACGAGUGGAGAUCUUCCAGCAUGGGAUGUGGGGCAGAGUUCUGGAUGACGAGUGGGACGUGCAGGAGGCCAGUGUGGUGUGCCAGCAGCUGCGGUGCGGAGAGGCAGGGACAGCCUACAACCCCCCAAAGCCUGAGCGAGGGACGGGCCCCGUGGGGCUGCGAGGGGUCCGGUGCGCAGGGCACGAGGCCAACCUGGCCCUCUGCAACACCUCCCUGCCUGAGAGUGCACCGGCGGCAGGGGUUGCGGAAGACGUGGGAGUCAUUUGCUGGGGGAGCCGGCGGGUCCGGCUCGUGAACGGGACUGGGCGCUGUGCUGGGAGAGUGGAGCUCUACUACCAGGGCACCUGGGGGACUGUGUGUGACGAUGGCUGGGACCUGUCUGAUGCCGCCGUCGUUUGCCACCAGCUGGGCUGUGGAGGGGCGGUGGAGGCGGCUGGCUCUGCUCGGUUUGGGGAAGGCUCUGGGCAGAUCUGGCUGGAUGGCGUGAACUGCUCUGGGGCCGAAGCUGCUCUCUGGGACUGCCCUGCCGGGCCCUGGGGGCAGCACGACUGCGGGCACAAGGAGGACGCGGGAGUCAUCUGCUCAGAGUUCAUGGCCCUGAGGCUGGAGAACAGCGACGGCUGCUCCGGGCGCCUGCAGGUUUUCUACAAUGGGACAUGGGGGAGCAUUUGCUCCAACUCGAUGACUCUUGACACGGUGUCACUGGCAUGCCAGGAGCUGGGCUGCGGGGAUGGAGGAUCCCUGGAAACACGCCUGCCCUAUGGCAGGGUGUCUGGCCCUGCCUGGCUGGAUAACGUGCAGUGUGGGGAGAAAACCAGCUCCUUCUGGCAGUGUCCCUCCACUCCCUGGAACCCGCAGUCAUGUGAAGACCUGCGAGAUGAGAUCCACAUCACCUGCAAUGGGGGACGCCCAGAAAUGCCGCCGACCCUGUUGGCCCCGUGCCCCAGCUCCACGAGCUGCACAGCCAGGGAGAAGAUUCGUGCGGUGGGAGGCGAGGACAGGUGCUCGGGCAGAGUGGAGGUCUGGCACCGUGGCUCUUGGGGGACAGUGUGUGACGAUUCCUGGGACAUGCAGGAUGCUGAGGUGGCAUGCAGGCAGCUGGGCUGUGGCCCCGCGGUGUCUGCCCUGCAUGAGGCUGCGUUUGGGAUGGGGAUGGGCCCCAUCUGGCUGGAGCAGGUGGAGUGCCGGGGGACAGAGCUGUCUCUACAGGACUGCUGGGCCCGUCCUGGGGACAGUGGUGCUUGUCGGCAUAAGGAAGAUGCUGCCGUGCGCUGCUCAGAUCUUACUCGAGGCCGUCUGACUGGCAGCGGGAGAGUCUCAGUGCCCGUCAUCAUCUGCAUCAUCCUGGGGGCCCUUCUCUGCCUGCUCCUGGCCCUCCUGGCCGGGCAAGUGCUAAGCACCAGGACUGGGCGCAGAGGCUCCAGGAGAGCUCAGGAGCUCUUCCCCGAGGCCGUGUACGAGGAGAUCGGUUACAGCCCAGCGUGGGAGAAGCAGGCGAGGUUUGGUCGCUCAGAUGUUCUUGUCCUGGUCGCAGGUGAGCCAGCGGAUGGCUAUGAUGAUGCCAGGGAGGUUUCUGACCCUGGAGAGGAUGCUGCCCCUGAGCAGGCUCUGGACCUGGUGCUGGCAGUGCUGUACUCGGUGGUACCUCCAGCAGUGAACCCCCUCAUCUACAGCAUGAGGAACAAGGUGCUCAAAGACACCCUGAAGAAACUGAUUCAAUUAUUCUUCUGUCAGCAGCAGUAA